UGUCGCAGAAACGUGUUUUUGUUUACUAAUAUUAACAUUCUCACGCGUACUCACGAGGUACUCACAUUUAGCUGAAUUUUUCUUUAUCAAUUACCAUGUUUGGAAGUGAUGAUUACAUUGUAGAACAAUAUAUCCGACCCGAUACGUGUAGUGUGCCCUUAAGAAACGAUGAAAGUGCCGAUUUAUUAGGGAAUUUUGAUGAUUCCAAGCGAAAGAAUAAUGAAGCAGAUAACAAUCAUCCCGACGGUGGAGGUUCUGGAGAAGAAUUUAGUGAAAAUGGUGAUGAUCCUGAACAAAAUGACACUGAUGAGUCUGAAGUUGAUGAGCCAUCAGCUGACUCAGGAAAAAUCCAGACAGAUGGAUCUAGAAAAGUCAAAACAAAGGAGUAUGACGGGAAAAUCAAUCAGGAACAAAUAACGUCGUUGUUACGUGGUUCUGCCAAGGCUAAUCGAUUCGUUCUCUAUGUGACAAACUUAAAUUUUGGCACGUCGAAGGAACGAUUAACGGAAUAUUUUUCCACAUCAGGAAAUGUGAAAUCAGUUCGUAUUCCUAAGAAACGAAAAGGAGGUUUUGCAUUUGUUGAAAUGUCUGAUGUCGAUGGCUUUAAGAACGCUUUUUCCUUACACAAUACCAUGCUGGACGACCGACCGAUUAAGAUACAAUUAUCAGAAGCUGGUAAAAAGAAGUCGGCCAACAAGAAAAAUAUUCUGAAACAGAAAAAUCGUAAAUUGGCAGAGAUGCGGAAUGAAACAAAGUCUUUUUCGAAGAGUGGCAAAAACUACGACAAGUCCAUCAAGAAGGAGAUAGCGAAGGAAAAGCUUCAGCAAACGAAAAUGUGGGAGCGAAGAAAAGCCAGGAGGGAGAGAAAGAAAACCCAAUCCUAGACAUGUUUCACUGUUGCAAAUUUUAUUUUUGAAUAAAUUGCAACUUGUUUUGUUGCUUACAGAUGCGCUUCUA